AGUUUUGCUUAUUUAUUCUCUUCUUUGUCUGUUCGAUUUCACAUUUUAAAUUUUCCAGAUUUUUUGUUUCGUUUCGAUCUUCACCGUGAAACCCUCUCCCUCCUCUUCUAUUGCUGAGAUCGAAAGCGGUAUUGAGAGUUCGCAUAAUAUAAUCUGGAUGCUAUUGUUUUGUCAAUUCAAACAAGUCUGAGAUAUGAGAAACGUGAAUAACACCGUCGACACGGUGAACGCCGCCGCUUCUGCCAUCGUCUCCGCCGAGUCUCGAGUCCAACCGUCGUCAGUACAGAAGAGAAAAUGGGGAAGCUGGUGGAGCUUGUACUGGUGUUUCGGAUCCCAGAAGAACAACAAACGGAUCGGUCACGCGGUUCUCGUACCCGAACCUGUUGCAUCCGGAUCAGCUCCGGUGGCUCCAGUCCAAACCUCGUCUAGCAACUCAACUUCGAUAUUCCUUCCUUUUAUAGCUCCUCCUUCAUCUCCAGCAUCGUUUCUUCAGUCAGGUCCUUCCUCUGUGUCCCACACUCCUCACGGAGUCGUUAAUGCGUAUUCCCGCAACGAACCGCCUUCAGCCUUUGCUAUUGGGCCUUACGCUAACGAAACUCAGCCCGUGACUCCACCUGUCGACUCCGCCGUCACAACUGCUCCCUACACGCCGCCUCCGGAGUCUGGUCGAGCGUCUUGCGCAACGCCUUCUUCCCCUGAGGUUCCUUUCGCUCAGUUACUUACUUCUUCGCUGGAACGAGCUAGGAGGAAGGGUUGUGGUGGAGUGAGUCAGAAGUUUUCAGCGGGUCAUUACGAGUUUAAGUCGCACCAAGUGUAUCCAGGGAGUCCAGGUGGGAAUCUGAUCUCUCCUGGCUCCGUGGUGUCGAACUCUGGUACUUCUUCUCCUUACCCUGGUAAAUGCUCCAUCAUCGAGUUUCGUGUCGGCGAGCCUCCGAAGUUUUUGGGGUUUGAGCACUUCACAGCGCGUAAAUGGGGGUCGAGGUUCGGUUCUGGGACGAUUACACCUGCUGGUCAAGGUUCGAGGUUGGGUUCGGGUGCUUUGACUCCUGACGGUGGAAGUGGAGGGCUUGGGUCAAAGCUUGGUUCUGGUGCCGUGACGCCAAAUGGUGCAGAGAUGGUGGGUUUAGGCAGUCUUUUGGAUAGUCAGAUCUCUGAGGUUGCGUCUUUGGCUAAUUCUGAUGAUGACGGGUCGUCGUCAAGGCAUGGUGAUGAAGGUGGCGCGGUUGCUCAUAGAGUUUCGUUUGAGUUGACUGGUGAAGACGUUGCGCGUUGCUUUGCAAGCAAGCUAUACGGAGUGGGUUUAGAUGAGAAAUCGAACAAAUGGAGUGACUCGGUUUCUGGUAACGAGCUGAGUGAGAAGUUGAGAACGUUUUCGUUAGGGUCGAGCAAAGAAUUCAAGUUUGAUAACACGAAAGAGGAGGUGAUAGAGAAGACAGCGGAGUGGUGGGCGAAUGAGAAAGUUGCAGGAAAAGGUGAUAACAGUCCAGGAAACAGCAGUUGGAGUUUCUUUCCUGUGUUACGGUCUGGAGGAUUCAGUUGACAAAAGCGUUUCUUUUUUCAGUCUUCUUCAUUACCAGAAGAAGAACCUUCUAACAUUGGUAAGCAGUUCAAUGAUUUGGUAAAGAGAUUGGGGGUCUAACAACAACUAUACGUAUAUAUAGCUUUGCAUUGUGGGGAUCUAUCUUGUACUGAUAUGAUAUAUAUAUAUAUAUAUAUAUAAUAAA